AUGAGAGCCCCUCCAGUAGCUCUGGCUCUUGCAGCUGCCUCCCUCGCAGCCGCCUCCUCGCCCCCCGUCCACUUCAGUCUCGAGACAGGCUGGGCAGCCCCGCCUCUGGCACUCGAGAUAUUAGAAACUUUAUACGACGAGUCACCCAACUCCUACUUUACCCUCCUCCACCUCCUUUCUUCCCUGCCCUCAGACACCACGCCAGAGACCUUACUCUCAUCGACAGUCGAUCUGAUACAAGCGUACUCUCUUCUUCCACCCUCCUCUCUCGCCACAUUCAACCUUGCCCUCUCCCUCCACUCUACCGCCCCGAGAAUCGAAGCAGAGUACAAUUGGUAUGAGAGUGCUGUCCGAGGACAAGAGAAGACUCUCGGGGUCGAGGGAUGUCAAGGAUGGGUAGACUGGCGUGGGAAAGGAUUCUGUGGGGUUGAGGAGCUCCAGAGAGAUAUGGAGCUUUCUCUAGAGGAUGGAAGCCACAAGGCUGUCCCUCGACCGGUUUCACUUCCUUUCGACCACGUUUCGUCCACUCCAGCAAGCCAAGAUUCUCCUCAAGCCGUCAUCUACUACACACCCUCAUCUUCUUCUUCUGUGGAGUUGCUAGAGUAUCUUUCUCAUCACGAAUCUGAGUAUCCCGACUUUUCCUACAUUGUUCGAUACCAGCCUACAUCUCAGGAAGAAGCCAAGCCAUUGCCUUUGGCCGGUUGGGGUGUCGAAAUGGCACUCAAAAACAUGGACUACCUUGUAGUGGAUGACAGGGCGACUGGAAAGAAAGGUGUUGUCAAGGAGAACACUGUGGUAAAGAGUGACGUCGACGACAUCUUUAGUGAUGUCUUUGGCGACGACCCCUGGAGUGAACUAGCCACACCUCUCAACCCAAGAGAAAUUCGAAACAUUGGCCUCCAGGCAGCUUCUUUGAUCAUGUCUUCAAACGAUUCAUUGAGAGCUCUUACCCAUCUCUCUCAAGACUUUCCAAAGUAUUCGGCUGCUCUUGCGCGAAAGGUUGAGGUUCCCGAGAAUAUCCUGGCCAAGGGGCGCAACAUCGCUGUUCGAGGCCAGGGGACGCAAGCCAUCUACAUUAACGGCAAGCCGUUUGGUACCGAUCUGAACGCUUAUUCCCUUCUCAAGACUCUCCGCGAGGAACGCCAGCUCACACUUGCCCUCACGUCCCUCGGCCUCACUCCCGCCCAAGCCGUCACGCUCAUCUCUGACCCAAACAUUGGUUCCGCUCAGGUCGGCGAAGAUGUCGGAGAAGGAUUCGUUGAUGCCAGUGACAGGACGGAAGGUGGUGAUGUCGUUGUUUGGUGGAAUGACAUUGAGAAGGACCACCAGUAUAGGAACUGGCCUUCACAUCUUCAAGGGUAUAUGCGUCCCCUGUACCCGGGGCAGUUCCACACUGUUCGACGAAACACGUUCAACCUCAUCUUCACUCUCGACAUCUCUCAGAUCUCUUCUCUCGAGAUCAUCGCCGGAUCAUUGGCUCCAAUGAUCCAGAGAGGAAUUCCAAUCAGGUUUGGAAUUGUACCCAUCUUUGAGCCUGGGACGGACGAUCUUUGCAAGUCUUUGAAGAUGGCCAAGGUUUUCAGAUAUGUUGUCAAGACAUUCAGCAAAGAAUCCGGCCGCGAUUUUUUCACCUCCAUCAUUCAUGCCAACCCUCGCAACACUGUCCACCAACCUAUCGACCUCUCGAUCCUCCGCGCUGCCUACGAUGCCCUCCUCUCGACUUCCGAGUUGGAGCAGCCGGCUUUGACUUUGGAUGAGGUUUUCGGGUCAGUGGAUGAGCAAUUGGAGAAGACUGAGGGGUAUCUGAAGAGGCUGCUUGUGAGAAAGAGCGAUGAGGAGCUUGGUGGGAUGUUCUUGAACGGAAAGUGGACACCUCUGGGAGUUCAAUGGCCAAGCAUCGUGACCCAAGAAAUGGCAUCCCAACUCUCCUUCUUGCAAGAAGAGAUCAUGCGCAGCGCCAGUACCAUCCCAGACGACAUCUCCACCCUCUUCUACGACCUUCCCACCACUUCCCCUAGGAGAAGUGCGUACAUCAUCCCGAGCAGUACCCACAGCUUGAGGUUAUUCAGCUUGUUGGAUCUGUUCGAGGGUGAGGUGGAGCCGAAGAUUGGGGCAGACUUUGUGUAUGCUGAAGGUACGAGGGGGGCGCCAUUGACCAUGUGGAUCAUUGGGGACCUUGAUUCUGCCGACGGCAUCGAGACUGUCAAGAAUGGCUUGUUGCAUCUUCAAACUCCCGAAUGCUCUUCUCGAUUGGGCUUUAUCCAUAUUCCUAGCGCCAGCUCUUCCGAAUGCUCAGACGGUUAUUGCCUUUCGACUGUUCUCUAUCAGCUCCACGCUCAAAAUGCGCUUUCCAUCGUGAACCCUGCCGAACUCUUGAGUCUUGUCUCAGAGAUUGAAGUUUCCCAAAGCAAUGUCAGACAGGGCGAAAUCGUGGAUGCCGCAGGAGAGCAGAAAACAACCUUCGAAGGAAAGCCGCUCCACGCAGCUACGUUCGGUGGAUGGAGUGUAGCGGACACUGCUGCGGCAGGCGAAUUCUGGAAGGCUGGUGAGAAGCUCAAGAGUAAACUCGGAGUGACGGAGGGUGUCCACAUUCUUGUCAAUGGACGAUUGGUUGGACCUAUCGUCCCCGCUGCCUUCCCUGCCGAAGACUUUGACGCUUUGGAGUUGUAUGAGCACAGGAAGAGGGUGACGCCAGUCAUCGACGUGCUUCAGACUCUGUUUGACGAUAUCACCGUCUUCGAUCGCCCGACCUUGGCAAACUUGAUUUCAAAGACUUCAUCGGUCAUCGCCUCGGCCUACAGACCGCAAGAUGCCGAGGGUGUUUACACAGCGGCCCAGCUUCCCAGGACAAGGAUCUAUGAACGACUUGAAAACGGCGAUUUGUCGUUCAAUUUGGGAAACCAAGAUAAUGCACUGCUUAAGGUCGCUGUCGUAGUCGACCCUUUGUCCGAGCGAGCUCAAAAGUGGUCGCCUCUUAUCAAGGCAUUGUCCGAAAUCGACCAUGUGUCUGUGACCGUAUAUCUGGAGCCCAAAGCCAACAUGGAAGAGAUCAAUCUCAAGAGGUUCUACCGAGCGGAGCUCCCCUCCAAGCUCUCUUUUGAUGUUGACGGGCAAGUCGUUGACGUGAUUGCUCCUGGUGUGAGCUUCAACUCGCUUCCUCCCACUCCAAUCUACACUGUUGCUCUCGAUACGCCUCCUUCCUGGAUCGUAUCCCCCCGAGCUUCGCCUUACGACCUCGACAACUUGCUCCUUUCGUCCAUCUCUUCUCCUGUCUCUGUGUUAUUCUCGCUUAAACAUCUUUCGAUCGUGGGUCAUGCCCGAGAAGGACCGACAACCCCACCCAGGGGUCUUCAGCUCCAAGUUGCCGGUCCCCAAGGAGACGUCGCCGCCGACACUCAGGUCAUGGCCAACCUUGGAUACCUCCAAUUCCGCGCCGUACCUGGACUUUACUCCUUCUCCAUCCGACCUGGUCGAGGGCAAGAGGUGUAUGAACUUGAAAGUGUUGGCAGUCAAGGAUGGGAUAGCUCGACAGUAGAGGAAGUUGGAAAUGGAGUGGCGUUGGCGAGCUUUGAGGGAGAGACUAUCUACCCGAGGUUCAAGCGAAGGGAAGGGAUGGAGAAUGCGGAUGUGUUGCAGGAACCGCAGGAACCGCCCAAGACUGCCACGGGCCUUGUCUUGAACAGGAUGAAGUCUAUGAUUGGCCUCGCACCCUCUCCGGCGCUUGCGCAAAAGGAACAUGCCGAUAUCAACAUCUUCACAGUCGCUUCUGGCUUACUGUACGAGCGCUUCGCGUCCAUCAUGAUUUUGAGCGUCAUGAAGCAUACAGACAGCACUGUCAAGUUCUGGUUCAUCGAAAACUUCCUUUCGCCCAGCUUCAUUGACUUUAUUCCCAAACUCGCUGAAGAGUACGGCUUCCAAUACGAAUUCGUCACCUACAAGUGGCCCCACUGGCUCCGCGCUCAAACUGAGAAGCAACGUAUCAUCUGGGCCUACAAGAUCCUCUUCCUCGACGUGCUCUUCCCCAUGUCCCUCGACAAGGUCAUCUUUGUCGAUGCGGAUCAGAUUGUCAGGACGGAUAUGAAGGAGUUGGUGGAUGUUGAUCUGCAUGGAAGGGUGUAUGGUUAUGCUCCUAUGGGCAACAGCAGGACGGAGAUGGAAGGAUUCAGGUUCUGGAAGUCUGGGUACUGGAAGGAGGCUCUGAGAGGUCGCCCUUAUCACAUCAGUGCUUUGUACGUCGUGGACCUCAAGAGGUUCAGGCAGCUUGCCACCGGUGACCGACUCCGAGGCCAAUACCACGCGCUCUCGGCCGAUCCCAACUCGCUUGCCAACCUUGACCAGGAUCUCCCCAACUCGAUGCAAGAUCACAUUCCUAUCUGGACUUUGAGUCAGGACUGGUUAUGGUGUCAAACAUGGUGUAGUGAUGAGAGUUUAUCCACCGCCAAGACGAUCGACCUUUGUCAAAACCCUCUGACGAAAGAACCCAAGCUCGUUCGAGCUCGGCAAAUACCCGAGUGGGAUGUCUACGACAGAGAGAUCGCGGCGUUUGCGGCGCGCGUGUCGGGUGACGGGGAUGAGAGCGGCGCUCUGGCGGCUAGUGUAGACGAGUUGGCAUCUGAAGCCAACGCCGAUUCUAGUGUCGAGGCGGAACUUGUCGAGUCUGAUGGGCGCAUCGUGGACGAACUGUAG